UUCGCAUGGGAUAGGAGGCCCGGUCUUGCAUGUUUUAUUCCUGCUGCCUUCUUUUUAAGAUGUGUUUCAUUAAUAAUUUGACAAAAUGAUUAAAUUUUUGCGCUUAUUGGAACAAAAUUUCAGUGAGUGGUGACCUUCAACAAAGCAUGUUUUAGGGGUUUUUCAUUAUUUCCAGAAUCAUAUUUACUGUGAAACAUGGAGGCAGUAAUUCGCGAGGGAACACUUCGUUUGUUAACUUCUGAAUCAUCCUGCGACGUUAUAUUAAGCUGCAAUGGUCAUCGCUUAAUGGCCCAUAAGCUGGUACUUUCUAUCGCUAGUCCUAUAUUACGUGAAUUACUUCUGCAAGAUUCAACUGAACCCACGGUUCUCAUUUUUCCCGACAUUAAUAGCAGCACUAUGUCCCUAAUCCUGGAUUAUAUUUACACAGGAAGUGUCGUAAUUUAUUCAAACACCAUCAGCGAGUUUAUCAGCGUUGCUACUCUUUUAAAACUCCCUCUGGACAUAGAAUUCUUAAAAAACUGGGCCUCGGAAGAACACAAGUUAUUUGAGAAAAAAGAAGAAAAAAUGUGUAAUAGUUCUAACACUUACAGCAAAGGAAACCAAAGGAAAUUGCCCAAUUUAGUACCUAUUUCCGAUUUUGUACCAACAAAGUUUAAAAUGCAUCGGAACUUAAUAAGUUGUGUGAUACCUAGUCCAUGGUCGCCACGAGAAAAGCCUGUUCUUUCCGAUCCGAGGACUUACUACUCAGCAAUAACUGAACACAUGAGUGUUUACAACGAAAAUGCCAACGAGGAAAGCGACCCCAAUAAUAAUUCUCAUCAAAAAAACAUUACUCCAAAAAAUUUGUCAUCUAAAACAAACUCAGUUGCUGAACUUACAUUAGAAUCAAAUUUACCUACCUCAUUAAAUAAAUUAAUUUGUGAAAAACGAACCCUACCUCAAAGUUUACACAGUUUAAGUUUAAAAAAUGAGCAGCCUCUAAAAGCUGAAGAUAGAAAGCGUACAAAAAAAACAUGGUUAAGAAAAAAAGAAGUAACGCAUGAAGAGAAAAUUUUACAUGAUGAAAACAAACAACAUAAAAAUUUCAAAUGUGAAGAGUGUGGAAAGACAUUUAGUCAACUCCGGAAUUACAAAUACCACAGGUCAGUACAUGAAGGAACUAAGGAGUUUGCUGCCAAAUGUCCAGAGUGUGGCAAAAAUUUUAAUGAUAGAGGUUAUUUAAGUAGUCACAUGAAAAUCCAUCGGGACAGAAAAGAAUACGCUUGCCCACAUUGUCCUAAAAGGUUUAACCAAAGGGUGGCAUACAACAUGCACCUUCGAAUCCACACAGGAAUAAAACCUCAUGAGUGCCCUACAUGUGGUAAAAGUUUUUCCAGAAAAAUGCUCUUAAAGCAACAUCAACGUGUUCACACUGGAGAAAGACCUUAUUCGUGUCCAGAAUGCGGAAAAACCUUUGCAGACCGCUCGAAUAUGAGCUUACAUGCAAGACUUCAUACAGGUAUCAAACCAUACUCCUGUGCAUUGUGUACGAAAAGCUUCACAAAAAAACAUCACUUGAAGACACAUAUGAAUUUCCACACUGGACUAAAACCAUACACUUGUGAAAAGUGUGGACUAGCAUUUUCACAAAGCAGUAAUAUGAGAACUCAUUAUAAAAAAUGUGUGCUUAAAGACGACAGUCUGUGUUCUGUUCCAGAAAAUAUUGAUGUCGAUAGUAACUAAUAUUUCGUAGUGCAAGGCCAAAAACUAUUGUCUGUUAGGAAAAUGGUAUUAAAAGUAUUUACGUGCAGAAAAUUUUGAACAAUUUGCAUAUUUUUGUUCUUUUCUGCAGCACCUAGAUAUUGGAUAUAAUUUACCUGUUAAUAUACAA